GGAGACACCAUUGGUAAUCCUCCAAAUUGUUCCCGUCGUUGAAACUUUUAUCUAACUGUGUUGCGUCGAGCUGAUUUUUAUGAAGCGGAAACCCUAAUUUGCUGAGAAAUUUUGAAGUGCUCAGAACCUACGUUGCAGCACAACAAUGGGCAAAAAAGGAGUGACUCAGAAAAGAAGUAGCAGUAAAAGCUCGAAAACCCGCAAAGAUAUCGUCGAAAACCAAUACGAUGACGAGAUUGACGCCUUUCAUAAACAGAGGGAUAUUGUUCCCUUGGAUGUCGAUGAUGACACUGAUGAAUCAGAUGAAGAUGAUGUGCAACCUGUUUUUGACUUAAAGGGUGUGGAUGAUGAAAGUGAAGAAGAUGAAGAUACAGAAGACGAUGAAGAGGAGUCUGGCAAUGGACUUACCGCAAAAAUGAUUAGGCAGAAGAAAUAUCUAAGGCAAAAGUUUGGUGAUGGUGACGAUGAAAUGGCUGAUGAUGAUGACAAGGAUAAAGAUGAGGAAGACAAAAGGAUCACAUGGGGUGGAAGAAGGGGAAUAUACCAUAGUGUUGAUAAUGUGGAUUUUGAGCUCCAAUCAAGUGAUGAUGAAGACCUUAAAGCUGAAGAAGCAGAGGUGAUAAGACUACGGACAGAACAACUUUCAUCCAUUACAGCUGCUGACGCUGGGUUAGACGACGAUAGUGAAGAAGAGAGCGACAGGGAAUUAACCAUGGAGGAAAUUCCUGUCAAAGGCAAGCAGGCUACAAAAUCCACCAAAGAUAAGAAAGAGAAGGGUGAUAAGGACACACAUGUGGAAGAGAUCAAGAAAGACAUAAACUCUUUGUCAAAAGAAGAGCAAAUGGAUGUAGUAUAUAGUUCUGCUCCGGAAAUAGUUGGUCUUUUGUCCGAGUUGAAUGAUGCAGUCAAAGAGCUUGAGAGUAAGAUAAAUCCGGUUAUGAGUAAGUUAAAGGAAGGAGGAAUUGCUUUGAGUGGUGUAACAAGGUACCUGGAGGUUAAGCAGCUUCUGCUACUGGCCUAUUGCCAAUCUAUAACAUUUUAUCUUCUACUCAAAGCUGAAGGGCAGCCUAUCCGUGAUCAUCCGGUCCUUGCCCGUCUUGUAGACAUCAAAUCUUUAUUAGAUAAGAUUAAAGAACUUGAUGGAGAGCUUCCUCCUGGAUUUGAGGAGUCCCUAGCGAGAACUAUUGCUGAUGGAACAGUGCCAAAGGUGGUCAAAGAAGAUCAGCUCCCGUCACCUGUCUCUGAUUUAGUAGUUAGAAUCACGCAAGACACAGCCGAGCCAAUGAAAAUUGACAAAUCGAGAGAAGAAAAGAAGAAAAAAGGAGAGAAACGCAAGCAUCAGAAUGAUCAGGUUGAUAUGCAAAGUGAGGAAAUGUUAAAACUUCGAGCAGCUCUAGAGGGAAAACUUAGAAGCAACGGAGUCCUUGGUUCUACUGUAUCAAAGUCUGAUAAAGCUAAAAAACGCCAGAAAUUAGCGAAUAGGAAGCUAGAGACUUUCGAUGAUUAUGUGGAUGAUGCAGACAAUAGCACACACGAUGGAAAAGCUUAUAAGCUCACCAAGCUUGUGUCCACCAAACGGAAGCCCAAGACUGUUUCUGGAGAUGAUGAUUUACCGCAAAGGGAUGAUAUUGGUGAACGGCGUAGAAAGUUUGAGCUCAGAGUUUUGGCGGGAGCUGGUGUGAAGUCAGAGGAAGAUGGCAGGAAUGAAAGUGGGAGAUUUGCAUCAGAUGACGACAAUGAUCACGAUGGUUAUAAUAAUGACAUGGUUGAUAAUGAUGGUGAAUCAGAAGGCUCAGAAGAUGAAUUUUACAAACAAGUGAAACAGAAACAAGAAGCUAAACGAGCUGCCAAAGCAGAGAUUUACUCAAGAAAACCACAUUUGCUCUCGUCAUCGCCAGAACAAGUGGAUGGAAAACGACUGAUUACACCUCAGAUAUAUGGCAACAGAGGAUUGACCCGGCAACGCAACAAGGAUCGUAAAAACCCAAGAAAGAAUUACCGGGAUAAGCACAGUAAAAAAGUCAAAGAUCGACAAGGACAGGUCAGAAAUAUGAGGAAACAAAAGGGUCCAUAUUCAGGAGAAGCUAGCGGUAUCAAUCCCAACACAAGCCGGAGCAUCCGAAUCAAGAGCUAACCUCCUCUUCCUAUGUCCCCCCCAAAUUUUUCUAUAUGCAUGCUUCUUUUUGCUGUUGUAUUAUCUUCUUUUCUGGAUGGAUCUUCUACUUUUCAUUUUCUCUUCUUCAAACUAAGCAAAUCAUUGAUUGUUUUGCAAUUUUUGAUGUUUUUUUUUUUUGGUUUAAAUCUGUUGUCUCACAUUUGUAUUUCUAAGGAAGGAAAAAACUUGCUUUUCUAACUA